CUGGCCGGCUGGGCUGCGGCGUCCUCCUCGGCCCGGGCGCGUUUGAAUGGGCCGGGCGGGACCUCCCGCGGCUGCUUGUCGGCGCCGCUGGGAAGCGCAGCCUCGUCCUCCGCGUCCCUCCCAGAAAUCAGUGUCCCCGGGAACAAGAACGGAGUGUGCCGGGCGCUGCAGUCGCGCGACCUCGGUCGGCCCCGAGCCAGACCCCGGCGCGCGUGGGAGAGCCGCGUGGAUGCUGGAGGAUCGCGGCGGGAUAUACAGUGUCCAUCCUAAGCUCCAGAGUUGCCUUUCACAGAGCCCAACACCACCAUGAAAUCCAAUCCUGCCAUCCAAGCUGCCAUUGACCUCACAGCAGGUGCUGCAGGGGGCACGGCAUGUGUACUGACGGGGCAGCCCUUCGACACAAUGAAGGUGAAGAUGCAGACGUUCCCUGACCUGUACCGGGGCCUCACCGACUGCUGCCUGAAGACCUACUCGCAGGUGGGCUUCCGUGGCUUCUACAAGGGCACCAGCCCAGCGCUGAUUGCCAACAUCGCCGAGAACUCGGUGCUCUUCAUGUGCUAUGGCUUCUGCCAGCAGCUGGUGCGGAGAGUAGUUGGACUGGACAGGCAGGCAAAGCUGAGCGACCUGCAGAACGCAGCCGCGGGCUCCGUGGCGUCGGCCUUUGCCGCAUUGGUGCUGUGCCCCACAGAGCUCGUGAAGUGCCGGCUGCAGACCAUGUUCGAAAUGGAGACAUCAGGAAAGAUAGCCAGAAGCCAGAAUACAGUUUGGUCUGUCGUGAAAAGUAUCCUUCAUAAAGAUGGUCCCUUGGGCUUCUACCAUGGACUCUCAAGCACUUUACUCCGGGAAGUACCAGGCUAUUUCUUCUUCUUUGGGGGCUACGAACUGAGCCGAUCGUUUUUUGCGUCAGGGAGAUCAAAAGAUGAACUAGGCCCUGUUCCUUUGAUGUUGAGUGGUGGAGUUGGUGGAAUUUGCCUGUGGCUUGCUGUAUACCCAGUGGAUUGUAUCAAAUCCAGAAUUCAAGUUCUUUCCAUGUCUGGGAAACAGGCAGGAUUUGUGGGAACAUUUCUAAGUGUUGUGAGAAGUGAAGGAAUAACAGCUUUAUAUUCUGGACUGAAACCUACAAUGAUCCGAGCCUUCCCUGCCAAUGGCGCACUAUUUUUGGCCUACGAGUACAGCAGGAAGUUGAUGAUGAGCCAGCUGGAAGCCUUCUGAAGUGCCUGGUGGGCCUGCCUCCAGAGCACGGGCGUCUGAGGACUACUGUUCAUCUCAGGGUUUCGUGGAGUACAAGAGCAACAUGGAAUUAUUUUGCUUUAUUGGGAAUAUUCUCUGUGUCUUCUCUUCUACCUAAACCUUCAAUUUGAUGGAAGUGCUUCUGUUUUAUGUCACAUAAUUUCUACCCACAAUUGAAAGAGAAAAGUUGCUGCUCUGACCCUUGAUAAAAUAUACCAGAUGGCUUGUGGCCCUGUGUGCAUAGCUUCAAAGGCUGCGUGAAGUUCUGCUAGGGCAUUGCUUAUGCAUAAAACCAUGUGUAUGUGUGUAGUCUGGAUGUUUACGUAUUGAGGGAGGCACAAUUUGGUUCCAUCAUUAAUCUCUAUCAGAAAAUUGAGACAUGACUCUGUGUGUGUGUGUGUGUGUGUGUGUGUGUGUAUGCGUGCGCAUGAAUGGUUAUAAAUGACUGCUUCAUCCAUUCUAGAUAUAUUUCAAGUCUGCUGGACCUGUGUACAAAGAGGUUAAAGGUUUUCAAGUGGCACUUGAAAACUAAAAUAUUCACACAGACUUAAUACAAUAGGCCUGCAUACUGAUGUGGCUUCUAUAUUUUUAAAUGUUUUUCUUUUCUUUUUUAAUUUUUGGUACUGGGAAUUGAACUUGGGACCUUGCACUUACGAGGCAGGUACUAUACCACUGAGCUAUAUCCCCAGCCCUGGCUUCUACAUUCUUGAUAAAGUUUCAGAGUAGCACUGUACAAGUAUCCCAAGAUGCUUGACUGUUAUAAAAUGUCAUUUAUUUUCUCACCGGGCUUAUUUUCUGCACUCUGACUGUACUGUCAGGUGUGGCCCAGACCUUACCAACUGCCUUCCCUUCUCUCAAAGAGCUUCCCCUGAGCUGGGCUGCAGGGGAGGGAUGGGCCGAGGGGAUGGCUGCUGCUGUGCUGUGACAAUCCCAGGUGGCUCCCAGCGCCUCUUGCUAAUCCCGCCUCCUGGUCCUGACCUGGGUAGACUUGCAGUCCGUCCACUUUCCUGUGUGUCCUCCUCUGCUUCUAGCAACUGGAAGCUCCUCUAGAGGAGAGAGAGUACCAGAGCCAAGAGAAGCCUAUGCUUCCUGUCUGUUGAUGAAGGUAGUUCUGGGUGCAGCCCUCUUCUCUCAGACAGAACAGAAACAGUGCUUGUGGCCUCUCUUCUGGAGUUUACCUAGGGAUCUAUAACUCCCGCCAUGCAUUUUGGUGCCUUCUGCACUUUGGGCCAUCAGUCCUGAAUUUUAAUAACUUCAGAUGAAAUAGGACUUUAUAAAGCAGUGGAGCAUAAGAAAAGCAAUUUUGUAGAAACUAGGUAGUAUGUAUUUCUAACCAACAAAAGCAAGCAUCCCUCUGGUGAUCUGAUCCCUAAGCAUUGGGAUGGAGACCAGUUCUUCAUCGUUACUGUCAGGAGUGAGUCCUGUGUAAGUGGCCACCUCAUUCUGUGCUGCUCCGGGGCCGGCAGGGUGCUGUUCUAAUAAGUGUUCUUCAGAGUUCUGGAAAGCCAAAAGCAAGCAGGCUGAGGGUGUGAGGUGUGAAUGAGUCCUUGUCUUCUAUGUCUGUCCCCGUGGGCAGAAUGUCAACUCUGGAGGCAACCUCCAGUCUUAAGCUUUCUGCUGUCUGCCAAGCCUCUGGCAACUCAGCCAUUGUGCCAGGAGCCGCAGGGUUAGGGAAGCAAGGUGCCUGCUGCCAGUUGGAGGGCUGAGAGCUCUGGACUUUGGGCAAGGGGGCUUGCCCUGCUGUAGCUGGCCCUCCCUCACUUUUUUUUGUUCUUUUUUGGUGGUACUGCUGGUGGAACC